AUGACCAUUGGUGCUUCUGAUAAGAUGGCUGCAUUCAAGAAUGCUAUGGAAAGCAAGAACGCUACCAGGGCUGACAAAUUCAUCGCUCUGAACCACGCUCACUCCGCUGUGGUUGCCAAGAUGGAGAGUCUUCAAACCGAUGAGGAACGGAAGGCUGUGGAAGACGCUUUUGUGCAGGAGCAAAAUAGAUGUCUAAGACUGCAGAGGAAGAGAUGCACAACCGACGAUUUUGAGGUCAUUAGGACGAUUGGUCAGGGAGCAUUUGGUGUGGUGAGGGUAGUCAGGCAUAAGGAAGAUAAAGAGAUAUAUGCAUUGAAACAGAUGCCAAAGAAAUGCAUGAAAAAGAAGAAUCAAAGGGAUCGUGUUGUGGCAGAAAAGAGCCUCUUAUCUCGUAUGGGAGAUACAUGGGUUAGUGCACUCUAUCAGACCUUUCAAGAUGAGGACAAUCUGUACAUGGUCAUGGAGUUCCUCCCUGGUGGAGAUAUGAUGUCGCAUCUCAUUCGUUUGGACAUCUUCAGCGACUAUCAAACUAAGUUCUACAUAGCAGAACUCAUAGAGGCUGUUCAUUCAGUCCACAAGCUGGGGUACAUUCACCGUGAUAUCAAGCCUGACAAUAUCGCCUUCACUAAGGAGGGCCAUCUGAAGCUACUGGACUUUGGUCUUUGCAAGUUCGAUGAGUGCAUUAAGAAGGCUGAAAGAGAUCCCGUCGAUCUUGGGUUGGUUGACAUACCACACCUCGCGGACAUCACCGGAGGAGUCAGUGAUACCCCUUCACAGUCUCGGCCCUGUCACUCUGGUGAGAUUCGCCAUCUUGAUCGCGCUAGGCUCAAGAGCUCAGUGGGGACCCCGCAGUACAUGGCCCCUGAGGUUUUCAAAAGAGACUACGACCAAGCUGCUGACCUGUGGUCUGUUGGGGUUAUCAUGUACGAGUGCCUUAUGGGAGGCGUGCCCUUCUCGGACUCUCAUAACUCGCCGGAUAGGAUAAUGCAGAAGGUUAUGAAUUUUAGAAGAUUCUUGCACAUACCAUAUCCGGGUAAGAAGAUGUCUCCUGAGGCGGAGGACCUGCUUAAGAGGAUCCUCUGUGAUAAGGACCAUAGACUCACCUACAAGCAGAUAAGGACCCAUCCGUUCUUCAACGGUUUGGAUUGGGAUAGACUCCAUGAGAUGGAACCACCCAUAAAGCCUCAUCCCUUCUCCCUCACCGACCGUGAGGCCGCCCAGCAGCACAGGAAUAAGUAG